GGUCAAAAUACAUAAAAAACUUAAGUAAGUCCAUCUAAAUAAAGAAGACCGUUGUACCACCCUGGCGAAAGGACUAACUUGACUGAUACUGUAAAGAAUAAUUUCAGAUUAGAAUUGUAUGCAUUGUUAUCAGUCAAAUAUUUUUUUCGGAACCAGCAAAAAACACAACUUUGUUUUAUUUGCAGUGGUGGUCGUUAAUGUAAUUUAGUUUAAGAUACAUCGUUGCAAAGCCGUUUAGAAGACCUUUCAUAUUAGGUGUCCCGUGACUUCAGUUUAUAUUAGUCGUCUAUUUCUGAAAUAAUGAUUUCAUUCCAUAGUUUGCAUCAUACAUGCAUCAGAUAAAUAUGUAACCACUUUUUGUUUCUAUUGACAUUAUGCUUGUUGACCUUAAUAUAAUAAGGUAUAUUAAUAUUUAAGCGUUUUUCGUAAGUACUUCUAUGUUUCUGUUUUGAUCGAACGUUUUAUGUAUUGAAAUUGACCGAAAGAAUUAUUUCUACUUCUGAAUUUUGAUCUUCUGUAAUGAUGCUAUCAAUAUUUGUCAUACUUGACCUUAUCGAAAGUCUUCUUCAAAUCAACAACGCCGAAAAUACCACUUUUUUCAUAACUCAUGCCAGAAACGCCAUUUUAAAAUUAUUGCCCAUUCUAAGGCAACUUAACAUUGUUGCUAGUGCUUUGUAUAUUUCACAGAACUAAAAAAAAGCAAUUUUAGUUGAGUAACAGAUCGGAGGGGGGGUUGUCGCUCUCCAGCGAAAACAGUACACUUUUGGACCACCCUCCACGCACUCAUUUUCUCGUUAAUUUUCCAUUUAUCCUUCAUUUCUGGGAAAGAGGAGCACAUGUACUACUAAUCUAGCUUGUGUGUAAGAUAAAAGGCUUUUUUUAUUUUGGUUUGUUUUGAGAAAAAGACUAGACAGGAUGGCUAUUCUUUUUUUCUCGGAAACUUGUUUUUUUCCUUAUUUUUAAUCGUGAGUUCUCGAUAGUGUAAUAUAAUUUUAUAACGCUAACAGAGUAAUAACAGCUUUACUAAUUGCAUGAAGAGUUUAUUUUUUUUUUUCGUUAACCGACGUAAAGGAAACGAGUAUGCUGGGUGAUUGAAUUUCUAAACGUACCAACAAGAUCCGUUGUAUAGAGCAAAAUGCGCCGAUUUGCACCGUGGGACUGUGCACUGUGUGUACUAGUGAUGUAACGAAUGUCAUUUUUUUAACAUUCGCGGAUGCGAAUGCGAAUGCGAAUAUCUGCCACCGACAUUCGCGAAUGCGAAUGCGAAUAUUCAGUUUUUUAAUUAGACGCCAAUUCUAAGGCUUGCCGGCAGUCUCGUUCGCGCGAGGUGUGUGGGUGUGUAAUCUUGUUUCGAAAAUUGCUUAAUUGCAAUUUGCUGAAUUGCAAUGUGAACUCAUCUAACGGAAGUCGUAGACAUAAUAAUUAGUUAACAAUAUCAUAUUUUAUAUCAGUGAUAUAUAAUAUUGUUAAAAUAUCCUAUAUCAAAGGUUAAUAUAUAUUACAAUUAUGACUCAAGUGUCACUACACUCGCCUUGCUCUGCUCGUGCUCAAGUACAUACAAGUGAAUUUUGUAGCUAAAGUCUGAUUAGAGAUUUUUAUUAAGAUGAGUAAAUCAAAUUAUAGUGAAAUAUGGACUUAUUUCACACCAAUUUGCGAUGCUGAACGAGCUAAGUGCAAGCUGUGUAAUAAAGAAUACUCAAGGAAAGGAAGAACUACAACGGCCAUGAGAAAUCAUUUAAAGGCAAUGCAUAAAACCGAGUUUUCCAAAUUGGAAGAGUGUGAAAAACGAAAACAAGAUGCAUCUAAAUCACUUGAGCAGGCAUCAUCUUCGCAUCAAAUAAAAUCAUUUAUGAAACAAAUAUCGUUUCAAGAAUGUGUGGAUAAAACAAAACAGUGGGAUAAUAAUUCUGCUAAGUCAUUGGAAGUGGAUAAUUUUAUAAGUGAAAUGGUUGCGUUGGAGGACUUGCCAUUUCGUUUCGUGGAAAGUGUUGGUUUCGUAAGACUUAUCAAGCAUUUGUGUCCGUCUUAUAAUUUAAAAUCGCGUCAGUAUUUUACUUCAUUUAUCUGCGAUAAAUUAUUUUGCAAAGUAAGUGAGAAAAUACUUCAAUUAUUGAAGUCGUUCGAAAAAUUAUCAUUUACUACCGACAUUUGGUCUGAUACCUGUUCUGGAGUUUCGCUGCUGAGUUUAACUUGUCAUGGGAUCACAAAAGAAUUUGAAAGGAAAAUGAUAGUGUUAAAAGCAGAAGUAUUCAAUGAAGGCCGCCACACCGGAGAAAAUAUUGCUCACAAACUUGAAGACAUCUUGUCGUUUUGGGAAAUACCUAAAGAUAAAGUGAAAUGUGUAGUUCGCGAUGCACGUGCUAACAUGAAAAAAGGUGUUAACUUAUUAAAUGUUGAACAUAUUGACUGUGCUUCUCACAAGAUUCAAAACGUAUUAAAAGCAGGAAUGAAAGCUCAAGAAACUGUUGUGUCUGCCAUAACAAAAUGUAAAAAGAUGGCAACUCAUUUUCAUCAUUCGACCAGUGCCCAAGAUGAGUUGACUAGUAUACAAAAAAGGCUUAAUCAAAAACCACUGAAGACUAUACAAGAAUGUACUACUAGGUGGAACAGCACUUUUUAUAUGUUGGAGCGUAUUUUACAAGUCAAAGAGUCGUUAUGUCUGUACGCAUCGGCAAAUAAUAAAAUUCCCCAAUUGGCUUCUGACGAGUGGAUGAUUAUUGAAAAACUUAUCGGUUUACUAAGACCAUUUGAAGAAAUAACCAAAGAGUUAAGUGCUAGCGAUGUUUCUAUUUCUUCUGUGAUUCCCUUAAUCACCACUCUAGAAAAAGUUGUUCAUGAUCUUGAUUCUUCCGAUGAGCACAUUGGUGAUACGAUUACUGUCUUGAAAGACGAGCUCAUUCGCAAGUUUUCAGGUUUAGAGAAUGAAAUAUUGUUUUCCACGGCGACCUUCAUUGACCCAAGAUAUAAAUCAAAAUUUUUUAAAAAUACGUCGACUAAAGAGCGUGUCAUAGAGCAUAUUUUGGAUUUGCUGGGAGACAGCCAAACCGACAUAUCUUGCAAUUCAUCUUACCCGAAUGCAAAGCGUAUCAAAUUAAAUCAAUCUGAAGAUCACGAAACUCGCAACAGUCUGUCUCUAAAAGAAAAGAUGAGUUUACUGAUGGAUACAAGUGAUAGUGAAGACGACAUGCCUCUUCUUAGUUUUCAAAACCCUGUCCAUCUUUUAAUCCGUAAAACUCUCACUGAAUACUCAUUGGAAAAACGCGUGGCAGGUGACGUCGACCCUCUAACAUGGUGGAAAGUUAACAAGGGAAGGUACGAUCUUCUUUUUCCUGUAGUACGGCAAUAUUUAGUUACACCACCAACAAGUGUCCCGAGCGAGCGCUUAUUUAGUGGCGCUGGACUUCUUUAUACACCACAUCGAAACAGACUUGAAGGAGAAAAGGCGUCGAGACUUUUAUUUUUAAAGUUUAAUAUUCCUCUUUUAAAUUUUGAUUAUUAACUUGUUUAUUUUUGUUUGUUUAAACUGUUGACUUAAAAAAACAUAGACUAUU